AAAAUGAUCCCGGGAUCCGCCGCAUCAAUGCUACCCUCUGCCGAAGCCGCGAAACUCUACCAGACCAAUUAUGUCCGCAACUCCAGUGUCAUCGGACUCCUGUGGGCCAUCUUCACCAUCCUGUUCGGCAUCGUGAACGUGAUCAUCUUCUCGCAGCCCUAUUGGAUCGGGGAUGGCAUGGACACGCCGCUGGUCGGCUACUUCGGCCUCUUCCACUACUGCAUCGGGGACGGGAUCUCCAGGGACCUGGACUGUCAGGGCACCUUCACCGAGUUCGCCGCCAUCCCCUCCACCGCCUUCAAGGCCGCCUCCUUCUUCGUCGGGAUGUCCAUGAUGCUCGUCUGCUCCUGCAUCGGCUGCUUCAGCCUCUUCUUCCUCCUCAGCACCUCCACCGUGUACAAGAUCUGCGGCUGGAUGCAGGCAUUAUCAGGUGUCUGUCUGGUGCUGGGUUGUAUGAUCUAUCCUGACGGCUGGGACAGCGACGAGGUGCGGAGGAUGUGCGGGGAGCAGACGGACAAAUACAGCCUGGGAGCCUGCUCGGUGCGCUGGGCCUACAUUCUGUCCAUCAUGGGCAUCCUGGAUGCGCUCAUCCUCUCUUUCCUGGCAUUCGUGCUGGGGAACCGGCAGGACGGACUCAUGUCAGAGGAGCUGCUGGCUGAGAGCAAGGAGGGAGGCAUCGCCUAAUCAAAUCAACAUCGUUCCUGAAUCUCCAUGUUCGUUUUCAUUAAGUCCCUCAACAUCAUCGAAAGUGUGGAGGCAGUCCAGGUCUGUGGAGGAGAGGAAUACCGUUGAACCAGCCAGCCUGCCUUUCACAUCUACCUGCCAAACUAAAACAACCUAUGUAACCCAUGCACCCCGGAAGUCCACCACAGUCCCUUUACGUCAGUCCCCGCACUUAGAUGGAGCCCAGCGCUCUCUUAUGUCAUCGUGUCUAUAUGGAGCUAACCCUUGCACAACAUCACAUAGACCAUGGCAGGGGCAGAGACUGUUAUUCUGAUGAGAUGUGUAUGGAUUACCCACCACCGACCUGAGAAGGCACAGGGUCGACACCUGCAGUACGAGCACAGAUCCACACGCAUACACAUGUGCUGCCUCACUCAUGUCCACACCCAUACAGUACAUUCAAACACUACAUGAACAAAUUGUAUUGACAAAUAUUAGACUAUGUUAACACUUAGCUGUGUGUAUCAACGUCCGGACGUGUUUCCUGUUUUAUUUGUGAAAAGAAGAAACCGCUCAGUUUCAGAAAAAAUUGUGUUGCUGUAAAUCUAUUGUGUUCCAUGUGUACGGUUUGACAAUAGAGUGAAUGUUUUAUUUUCUUCUUUUGCUUAAACGCUCCUUGGUUCCUCCUUAUUUGCUAGGAAAAAAAUGAUAUUUAAAACUGUUUUAGAGUAUCACCCAAAAGAGCCAAAAAAUGUAUUUGCAAACUAUGUACAGUAAAUAUUAAAAGAUGCUCUAGAAAUUUCAACAAAAAUCCAUUCAACGCCCUGCUAGCUAACUUUGCACAAUGCUUCAGUUUAAGAACAUAAAUAUUUUAUAGUCUGUACACUGUGAUGAAGGCUAUUAGGACUCUGCUGCAGGACUCGUAGCUGCUGUGUGAGUGUGUGUGUGUGUGUGUUUGAGUGCAUGCUCUUAUGUGAGUUUCUGCGUGAAUGUGUUGCGUGCAGUGUUUUGUCGGGCUGGUGGACCGGCCUCGCACACAGUCGUCCUGUUGCGUAGCUAAAUCUGUCUCCGUCUUUCUCACUUUCUGAUUCUCUCUCCUCUUUGCUUUGUUUUGUUGGGACAUACAGGGUAACACAGCGGAGUAGUUGAGUGUUGUGUAAAGCGACAGGCGU